AACCAACCAACCCAAUUACCCAAACCCCAUUCCCAAAACCAAAUUCCCACCAAAAAGUAUUAUCUCAAUCUCAUCACUAAAACUUACUACUUCUAUACAAGAUAAGAAAAACUCAUCCACUCAACAACAACCAAAACACCAUGAAUGCCACUAAAUUCCUCCAUCACUCCCAAUUCUUAAGAUCAUCACCAUUAACAUUAACACCCAUUACACACUUCCCUAAAUCACCCUCUAUUCUCUCUCCUAUACGCAGCACCACCAACAAUAACAACGACAACCCACCACCACCACCACCACCACCACAAUCUCCGGCAAUUACGCCGCCAGAAACGGUGGAGAUAAGGUUUCGUAGAGGUUCUAGAAGGCGUCGGAAAGAAGAAGAGCAAGGUGUUUCCAAUGAAUCAACGAAGAAGAAGGUUGUAAUGAAGAAAAAUUGGGAGGAAAUGGAUUUUAAUGAGAAAGCUAUUGAAUUGUAUAUGGGUGAAAAAGGGUUUUUGUUUUGGGUUAAUAAGUUUGCAUAUGCGUCGAUUUUUAUUAUUAUUGGUGGUUGGAUUUUGUUUAGGUUUGUUGGUCCGUCGUUCAAUCUUUAUCAACUUGAUACUCCUCCUCUUUCUCCUGAAUCUGUGUUUAAGGGUUCUUAGGAGGUUGAAUUCUUGAGUUUUACUAAGAUUAUUAUGAGAAAUCAGACAUGGAAAUACAUUGAGAUUAUGGUGUU